AAAUGUCUUCGGCAGCAGCAGAGCCCAAGAGGCCGAGCCAAGAAAGGAACAGAGGAAGAAGCUAGGAGGCCGAACCCGAGAGCCGCGCCGUCUGGGGCGCCGGCUGACGGCCUCGUGGAGGAGGCGGCGCGGGGCGCGACAGCGGACGGGAGGGAUGCAGCCGUCUUCCUCGCGCUCUGGGAAAUCAACGAGCGCGCCACCUGAAGAUCUCCAUGGCUACCGCCGCGGAGCUCGGGUACCUGCGCCUGACCGCUGAUGGAAUGGCCGUGGCCGCAGUCGCACGCCAAUACGCGGAUGCCGCGGGCCGACCCGUACGCCGGUCGGACCAGCGCGCGGUGGCAUCGCCUGCCCCGCUCCAGCAGGUACGCACACGGCCAAGGGCUUGCCCCCUGUGAAUUCGAGUUCGAGUUCAUUUCCAGUUCAGCCGGCGACAGCUGGUAAUCCGAGUCCGCCAAGAACCAGGAGCUCUCGGAUGAAUAAAAGCGCCUCCAACUCGAUUCGUUCGCCUCCCUCCCCGAUCCCCGAUCCCCAGAUCCAAUCCAAGACACGCCAUCGAUGGCGGCGAAGGUGCUCCAGCUCCGUAGCUCCGACGGCAAGGUGCUCGUCGCUCCGGCGUGGGACUAUCGCCCGACCGCCGCCCAAGCCCUCCCGCUGGAGACGCGGGUGCCCUCGCGCGCCCUCGAGAGGGUGCUCCAGUACUGGACCAAGCACAACCUUGCCAAGGCCACCGGUGAGUCCCGGGAGUCCCUCGCCCGCUGGGAUGCCAACUUCCAGCGCCGUCUCGAGGAAGACGGCCUCGCCAAGGAGGCCGCUGCAGCCGCCCAAGAACUCCGCCGCUACGGCGUCGACCAUGGAGGGCGUCCCCAUCGCCACGCCGCCACGGCCGCAUCUGAUGUCGCUGCUCCUGCAAAGGCGGCCCGUGUUGAUCCCGUCCGUGUCUGGUGUGUCAACCACGGAGAACGCAGCCAUGCGCCGGCGAUGCCCGGCUCCUUCGAUGCCUCUGAUACUGCCUCCGCCGCGCGUCCUGGGCCUGCCACCACCUUGCCGGCCGCUGCUGGUGCUGACCCCGUGGACGUCCGGUGCGCGAUCCGUGCCCGUGGACGCCAGAUGGCUGAAGACGAGGAGUCCGCUUGCCACCACCGCAAGUGCCCGGCUUCCAAGGCCCCACUCUGCCUGCCUGCCACUGCUGUUGCGCCCGUGAAGAAGGUCUCUCGUCCCGUCGCUUCCAAGGCUCGCUCUUUCGUCGGCUCUACAACAUUGCAUGUUACUGCUGUUGCUCCCGGUGUGAAGAAGGCAACUCCAGCUUCAACUCUGCGUGCAAGAAGGGGGAUGGGGGAGCUCAGCUGCAAGAUUCCGAAGCAAAACCAUGUCACCGCUGCAGCACCAAUGAAGCAACCAAUUGCUUGGCUGCGUCCAGUGGUAUUACGCCCUUGCUAGUCCUUCCUAAACCAUGCACACAUGAGUUUCAUUUAACCUUUGCAUCUCUAGGUUCUGCACUUAAUCAACAAGAUUUCUAGUGUUCUUUGAAUCCCUUUCAGUAUUACUAAUCUUACAAGGGUGUCAGCAGAGUCCCCAUCUAGCUAGGCAGCAAAAAUCAUGCUAAGAUGUGUACGGCAUAGUUACACUACAUCCAUACCUGGUCCUAAGUUAAGGGUUUAAGUAAAUAAAGGGCACUUUCAAUAAAUCAAAGUAACGCAGAUGAGCCUAAAAAGGAAACUCAUGUACUGCAAUUCCGGCACCUCGCCGCAAAAUCCAAAACGCCCGUUUGCUACCCGGCUUGUAGCAGGAAAAAGGAGUAGAAUUGAACUUGUCGAUACACACGUAAUCUUGUGAGCUGCCUAGCGUUUGGAGACUGUGCUGACUCUCUUGUAAACUUAAUCUUGGCUGAAUUGGAUUCUUAGGCAUUGGGCGUCUUGGUGAGUUAAAGUUGCAGUUUCCGACAAGUAACAUUGGUUAGUGAACUCUUGUGUGUGUGCGGGUGAAGCUUUGUGCUAAGCAAGUCCUCAAUGUACCGACUAUCAAGUCAUAUUGUAAUCAAUAUCAGAUAUUAAUGAAAAUUUGUUGGCCUGAA